GAGACAACUACUGACGAAUCUUCUGUCUCUUCCUCUCUGAAAAAGGACAAAUCCGACUCUAAUUCAGAGGAAGAUGAUUCCUCCGACUGCAAUCAAAACUCAGACGAAAGCGACGGAGAGGACGAAGAAGAGGAAGAAAAGGAAGAAGAAAACGACGGAGAUAGCAUAGUGGACGACGGAGAUUCAACAGACGAUCAACCAGAAUGGGGAGUGGAUAGCUUCGAUGAAAGCGAAUAUUGUUCACCUGAUGAAGACUCUUACACCGACGAGGAAGAUGAACGAAAAGCCCGUCUUUAUCGACGGAAUCUCCACUUUAGCCAUGGUUUUCUUGUGGAAGAAGGGAUUCGUCCACGUGUCUUAUGGAGUGGCUCAAUCGUACUUAAUCCUCUGGACAGUGAACAUUCUCCGGUUAGAGGAAGGACUCAGCUUCAAUACGCACAAGACAUGGCCAGAUUGUCUCUUCGCAAAUACAAUGCCUUAAAUGAAACGGAUGUGAAGUUGGAUCAUAUUGUGAGAGUGACGGAGUCUUUUUGUGGUACAUGGACGUCGUACAUCACUUUUAUGGCGAGAGAGUCUGAGGAGGAAGAAGCUACUCUUGUGGAGUAUCAAGCCAAGGUUGCGAAGAAAUUAAAACGCAAGUCUUAUCCUAUCUUUUGCAGGCCUAGUCCCAAGCAAGAUCAUGAUAUGUAA